AUGGAGGGCCAUUCAGCUCCAGCUUCGGCGGAUGUCCCAGCUGCCACCGGAGAGGCACCAGCUCCAGUCCAAUCAACCGUUCACUCCCACCCCGUCCACCAUGAUCAGGGCUCCUCGCAGGCCGAGAAGGAAACCCCUCGCAAACAGAUCACCCCGCGCCCCACGUUCCUGGAGAACCUGGCCGACUCACGAGACUCGCAAUUCAUGCUUAACCGUCGUGAUUCCGAUGAUCUGGAUCGGUAUUUCCAUGGCCCUCGAGACCUCGACAAGCACUCAAAAUGGCCAGUCUUCCUGCGAAUGCACGGCAGCGUCUUGCCCAAAAUGAUCCUCCCGUUGGCCUUCAUCGCCGCUUGGUCAACCUUGAUCACAUGCAUUUCUAAAUUCGUCCAUAAUCUUGGCAUCGAAAACAUUCUUCUCACAGUCACCGGUUUCGUCGUUGGUCUGGCUCUGUCCUUCCGGAGUUCCACGGCCUAUGAAAGAUGGGCCGAUGGCCGGAAAUACUGGUCCCUUCUAAUCCAGACCUCGCGUAACUUGGCGAGAACCAUCUGGGUCAAUACGUCGGAGAGAGAGGGCCCUUAUGCGAAGGAGGACCUGCUGGCAAAAUUAACCGCCAUUAACCUCAUCCUCGCCUUUGCGGUCGCGCUCAAGCACAAGCUCCGAUUCGAACCUGAUGUCGGCUACGAGGAUCUCGCCGGUCUGGUCGGACACCUCGAUACCUUCGCCAAGGAAGCGCAUGAUCGUCACAACAUUCUCCCCCCGAAGAAGACCCCUUGGAAGGCGGCCGGUGAAUAUCUGGGCGUGUCGUUCGCGGAGUCGAACCCGCGCAAGCUCGUCAAGCGGUCUAAGAAGCCCCUGGGACACCUGCCACUGGAAAUCCUGAACCACCUAUCCGCGUACGUGGACAGGUGCAUCAAGAACGAGACGUUGUCUUGCAGUCUGCACCAAGGACAAGCGAUCACCGCCUUGUCAACCCUGAAUGAGGUCGUCACUGGCACCGAACGAGUCCUUGAUACCCCUCUCCCAGUUGCAUACAGCAUUGCCAUUGCCCAGAUCGCCUGGAUCUACGUUCUUGUGCUUCCCUUCCAACUCUAUAACAGUCUCAAAUGGGUCACCAUUCCCGGUUCCAUCGUCGCCGGAUACAUCAUCCUGGGUCUUGCCACGAUUGGCAGCGAAAUCGAAAACCCCUUCGGCCAGGAUGUGAACGACCUGCCCCUCGACACCUACUGCCGCCAAAUCGCCCUGGAGCUCGACAUCAUCACCGCGACGCCGGCCCCCAAGUGUGACGAAUUCUUUGUUCGGGACGAAAACCUGGUCUUGUAUCCCCUCAGCACCAGUGGCUAUCCUGACUGGAACGACCGUAGCGUGGAUGACAUCCGGGCUGCGCUGAAGGCCAAGGUCGUGGCGAACACCCCCUCGACCGCUAUGGACGAUUCUUCGACUGUUUUCGGAAGCCUCAGAAGCAAGCAAUCCGUCUGA